CUUAGUUUGUGAGAGAAGUGCACAAGUUUAUCGAACGUGAAAAAAAAAAUUGCGAACGAGAAGAAAGAAAAAAACUCUGCUUUACUGCUAGUGAAACAGGAAAUACACGUUUACUAAGGUCUCCAAUGUUACUGAGACACACUUUUUCAGUAAUCACUCAACCCACAAAAUAAGGGACUAUGUAGAAGAGACGAGUCUCUCUCUAAGGGAUAUACUACCCCUAAGGCCGAAGCACUACGACAAAAAUCGGGCUCCAAAAUAUAAUGGGCAACCUACUAUUGUAUAUUUCCAUGUAACUGUUUUAUCUUUAGACUCUAUAAAUGAAGAAUCAAUGACAUAUGUGACAGAUAUUUUUUUAGCACAAAGUUGGCGGGAUCCAAGAUUAAGGCUUCCAGAAAAUAUGAGCGAAGAAUAUAGAAUUCUGGACGUAGAAUGGCUUCAUAGUAUCUGGAGACCUGACUGUUUUUUUAAGAACGCUAAGAGUGUGACUUUUCAUGAAAUGACUAUACCAAAUCACUAUUUAUGGUUGUAUCAUGAUAAAACUCUACUUUAUAUGUCAAAACUAACCUUAGUAUUAUCUUGUGCUAUGAAAUUUGAAUCAUAUCCACAUGAUACGCAAAUUUGCACAAUGAUGAUUGAAAGCUUAUCUCAUACUGACCACGAUCUAGUCUUUAUUUGGAAUAUGACCGAUCCAUUAGUGGUAAAUCCUGAAAUAGAGCUUCCUCAACUUGAUAUUUCUAACAAUUUUACCACAGAUUGUACUAUUGAAUAUUCCACAGGAAAUUUUACAUGCCUGGCAGUAGUUUUUAACUUAAGGCGCCGAUUAGGAUACCAUUUGUUCCAUACAUACAUACCAUCUGCCCUUAUAGUUGUAAUGUCCUGGAUAUCGUUUUGGAUCAAGCCAGAAGCAAUACCUGCUAGGGUUACUCUUGGCGUUACAUCUCUUUUGACGUUAGACGCAUUUUUAGCAACACAGAAUACGCAGUCCCAGCAGUCAUUACCACCUGUCUCUUAUGUAAAAGCAAUUGAUGUUUGGAUGUCCAGCUGUUCAGUUUUUGUUUUUAUGUCUCUUAUGGAAUUUGCUGUAGUCAAUAAUUAUAUGGGACCUGUAGCUACAAAGGCUAUGAAAGGAUAUUCGGAUGAAGACAUACCUUCGGAUAUUAAUGAUUAUAGAGGUAUUGAAAGACCAAGAUUUAGUACAGUUAGCCAACCCCAGUAUCCAACAUUUUGUAAUGGACGAAGUAUAGCUCUAUGCAUCGAUCAAUUUUCCCGUUUCUUUUUUCCCUUCUCAUUUUUAAUUUUGAAUAUUGUUUAUUGGUCUACCUUUCUAUGACAACGAGAUUUCAUAUUGUAUUAGGCACAACUAAUUUUACUGCAUUAGAUUUAAGUCUUAGAUGGUGUUCUUGAAUUUCGCCUAAUAUUAUAGUAGAGGUGUAACUCUUUUAUUAUAUUUAAAGAUUAUUAACUUAUAUAAAAUCGACAAAACCUUAAUGAUAAUUAUAAGAUUAAGAAUAAUAAACUUUGUUCUAAAUGUUAA